AAGCGAAUCGGUCAUAUACCAAAACCGGAAGAUUUAGAAAUCGCUGUUAGACUGUCAAACUGGUCGAGAACCGGUCGGUCGAACCGAACCAGAACCCGACCGGUUUUCCGAAAUUAGCUUAAAACGGCGCCGUUGGUUUGAGGAACCCUAACCCUUAACCAAAACGGAAAACGCGCAGCACCCUCUUGCCCUCUCCUCUCUCACAGUCUCACUCAGCCACUCUCUGCGCCCUCUCCUCUCUCUCAGUCUCACUCAGCCACUCUCCUCCUUCCUCUCAUCGAGCUCCUCCUCAUUCCCUCACUUCCAUCUCUCUGGCCUCUGAACGAACACACUGAAGGACGCAGAGAAGAGAACUCAAACGCAGCUUGGAGGAAGCACCAAAGGAGCCCUCCAUCUGGUCGCCGUUCUUCAACGUCCAGCCACCGGCGCCGUCCGCAUUGCUACAGCUUCGGCGCAACGUCGCCAUUGUUCGCCGUGCGUCUGCCUCCUUUUUGGCCAAGCUUCUGCCUCUGUUUUCUGGCUGAGCCUUGUUCUGCCCUUUUUUGCCAACCCUUGUUCUGCCUUUGUUCGAGUUGCUUAGCCUUCUGUUCAGCCUCUGUUCGCCGCCUUUCAGCCACCGUUCCGCCGUUGUUCAACGAUCUCCGUUUUAAAGCUCCUCUCUCCUUGUACUGUUUGAAUUUCAGAACUGCUCCAUCCUAGGAGACUGCAGUCUUCUUCGUCAUUGGUGACUGUACCCUGCUCUCGCAAGCAGCAAAUCCAGGAUGAAUAUGACUAUUGGGACUCUGUCCCUUCCUACUGGAAUUGCUUUUCCCACUCCGGCAGAUGUUUUUAUGUUGAAACCCAACCUAUUAUUGCAUCUUAGUUCCCUUGAUUAUUAUCAGUAUGGUAGCGGUAAGAUUAGACUUCCCGUGGAGACUAGAAUUCAAGCGAAGAAAAGUUUUCGAUGUAAAUUGAAAGUCAGGGAUGAAGUGCCACAAAAUGCUGAUUUUCCCCGGCAAUAUGCAAGAAAAGAAAAGAAACCUUUUCCGACGCCCAUUGUUGAGUUGCGACGAGCAGCUAGGGAAAGGCUAAAGAUGAUGAAAGGUCAACCAAGGAAACCACUCUCGGCCCCAAAGAAUGGGUUGCUUGUGAAGAGCCUUAUACCAACUGCUUACAAUGUGUAUAAUGCAAGGAUCACUUUAAUUAACAAUCUGAAGAAGUUGCUCAAAGUAGUGCCGGUGCAUGCUUGCGGGUGGUGCAGCGAAAUCCAUGUAGGACCUGUUGGACAUCCAUUUAAAUCGUGUAAAGGUGCACAAGCCAAUCUUCGCAAGGGACUCCACGAAUGGAUGAAGGCACAUGUUGAAGACAUGAUAAUACCAAUUGAAGCCUAUCACCUCGAAGAUCGACUAGGAAAGAGGAUUCCUCAUGAAGAGAGAUUCUCUAUCCCUCGAAUACCAGCAGUGGUUGAGCUUUGUAUUCAAGCUGGUGUUGAAAUUCCAGAAUUUCCCACCAAAAGAAGAAGAAAGCCCAUAAUUCGGAUUGGGAGAAAGGAAUAUAUUGAUGCUGAUGAAAGUGAACUGCCAAAUGAAACCCCAGCAGAACCAUUGAGACCACUACUAGCUGAAAUAGCUGAUUCAGAGGUAGUAGCUCCAUCGAGCAACAAAGAAAUCGUUGCCCUUGCCGAGGAAACUCUCCAGGCAUGGGAACGAAUGAGGAAAGGUGCUAAGAGAUUAAUGAGGAUGUAUCCUGUGAGGGUCUGUGGAUAUUGCCCGGAAAUCCAUGUUGGUCCCCAGGGGCACAAGGCUCAAAAUUGUGGAGCACACAAACACCAACAACGCAAUGGGCAGCAUGGUUGGCAGUCUGCAAUUCUUGAUGACUUGAUCCCACCAAGAUUUGUUUGGCAUGUUCCUGAUGUAAAUGGGCCACCCUUGGAACGAGAGCUAAAAGAUUUUUAUGGGCAAGCUCCUGCUGUUGUGGAACUAUGCAUCCAGGCCGGUGCUGAUUUACCGGAACAAUAUAAAUCAACCAUGCGACUCGAUGUUGGGAUCCCAUCAACUAUGAAAGAAGCUGAGAUGGUAGUUUGAGAUGAAAUAUACUUGUAAACAAACAACUGGUGUUAUCGUGUACACUCCAUAAAUUAUGCCAUAUGUACAUAUGUUUUUAUCAACUAAGUUUAACCAACUUGUUCCAAUUACUCAUUGGUCUAGAAAAAUAUCACUUUUUUUUUUGCUUUUA